CUGAUAUUUACAUGAAAAUCACAUGGUUUCCAUUGACGAGUGAAUGUUUUAACUCUAGGCAAUCUAAACCAAUGAUCAGUAAGCCAUAGGACAUACGACAAAUUACAUUGGAGUACUGACAAACCGGAUAUAAUUUAAAUAUACAAACAUAUUUGUACAAAUAAUUUUUGAAUUGUAUUUAUGCGUUUUAUUUUACAAAAAUGAGUUUCACAGCACAGAACGUGUCGAAUUCCUCGAACGGGACUUUUGAAAGGGAUUUUUUUGAUGCCGAUGGGAAUAUUAGAAUACCAUUGUAUGCGAUAAUUUUCCUUCUUUCGGUGAUGGGAAAUUCUUUAGUUAUACUAACACUAUUUCAAAACCGGAGGAUGCGGACAAUAACUAACGUUUUCCUGUUAAACCUCGCCAUCAGUGAUUUACUGUUAGCAGUAUUCUGUAUGCCUUUUACUCUCAUUCCGUUACUUUUGAGGAACUUCAUAUUUGGAGAGUUUAUGUGCGUCGCUAUCCGAUAUCUUCAAGCUGUCUCAGUGUGUGUAAACUGUUUCACUUUAGUGGCAAUAUCUGCCGAGCGAUAUUUUGCAAUAUGCCAGCCACUUCGAUCAAGAACAUGGCAAACAUUAUCACAUGCCUACAAAACAAUCAUCGGCAUCUGGAUGUGUGCACUCCUCCUUAUGAUUCCGAUAGCAGCUGCACAAGAAAUACACCCUCUUCAAACUGGUAAAAACGCAUGCCGGGAAAUAUGGGCAGAUAAGUUACUAACAUUACAAGUCAUCUACAGUAUCUUCUUAGCAAUACUUUUGUUGAUAAUUCCGCUAUGUGUUAUGAGCAUGGCAUACGGUGCAAUGUCUUACAAGCUCUGGUUUUCAAUGAAACAACAAAUGCAGGAUCAAUCAGAUUCAAACGAAACAUUUUUAUCUUCUAACAACGAAAUCAACAUGGCGAGCAAGAAGAAAAGACAUUACGAAGGAAUAGCCAAUGUCAGCUUGAGACAAACAAAUGUUAGGUCUAGUAAUAUUAAUCGGAAACGUGUCAUCAAAAUGUUAUUUGUCGUGGUGUUUGAAUAUUUCGUAUGUUGUUCACCAAUGUACAUACUUAAUACGUGGAAGAUUGUAGACUAUAAGGAUAUACAUCCGCGACUUUCUGACGCAACCUGGUCUCUUAUUUUACUUCUUUUCUAUGCGUCAUCGUUUAUCCAUCCAGUUACUUAUUGUUUCAUGAAUAAAAACUUCCGAAAGGCUUUUUUAUGCGUUUUUCGAUGUUUCAUCAGCAAAACCAAACCACUCGGAAGGAGCUGUACAGAGUUGAGCACAAUGAACACAUCAUCUCUUCCGAAGAGGAGUAACAUGAUGAACAAACAGAUGUCACAGGAUUUGGCGUAGUUAUUUAAUAAUUGUGCAUUUAACGUUGAGAACAAUGUUCGAUCUAAUAUUUGGUUUUACAAAUGCUGGGGGUAUAUUAGUAUGUUGUUGGAAAAAAAAUAUAGAUAGAAACUGAAUGAUCUGAAA